AUGGCAGUGCCUGCUUCGUGGCCAUGCUGCCCCGCGUGGGCUGGUGGGAGGCUGCUGUGUUGGAUGCGCAUUGGAGUUGGAGCAGGAGCAUUCGAGUCCAGUAGCAUGUCUGUCGCGCCCAACAAGACGGUGGUGGCCGAGGCCAACAAGCAGUUGCAGGCCAUGCACACUCUAAUGCAGGAACAAGAGGCUGGCUUCGCCACGGUUUUGCAAGAAAAGGAUGCAGAAAUUGAUACCCUGCGAUAUGCAAUGAGCGACAUGAAGAAACAGCUCAGGGAGCUGCUGGCCAACGAGGAGCAGCUCAAGGCUGAGGCAGAGCAUGCACGACAGCAGCGUGACAAACUAGCUGCCGCUCUUCGUCACAUUAGCAGCGAGGCCCUCGCGGCUGCCACAGCUCAUACCGAAGAGCUUGGCACUGGCUUGAGCCUUGGGCAGAGUGAAACUGUGACUUCUCGCAAUGGUGAGGAGGAAUAG